GUAACAAGCCCGAGGGACCUUCCUGAACACCUGAAUCAACAAACAAGACAGCCAAACCAAAAGAGCAACGUAUGUACUAGUAAUGUAUGAAUUAUUCAACACAAACGAACACCAAUGGAGAUUCGAGAAUUUUUCCAAAGCCGCUGGCAAAGAACAAUCGAUGGUUAAAUUAACCGGUCUGAGUUGGCGUGAUUUAUUUGAAUGAUGAAAGUCGCUUUCCUAUAUUUACGUUCUUGUUGGUCAUCAACAAUCUGUCAUGUCGGCAGCAACUCAUCGGAAAUCUCAUUCCUUCGAAGACGUAGAUAGCCAUCAUGGUCGUUUGAACCCGUCCAGCGUGGCUGUUGAAGAAGGAGCUCGCUACACUAGUAGUUUCCGGCGAAAAAUGAAAUCUGUGCGGGGAUUGAGAUUUCGCCCUAUAAUCCCAGCAAUUAUUGGAGUGAGUCUUGGUUUCGCCUUGUCAAUGUUCUAUAUUCCUGUUGUUGAACAACAAUGUUUGUACGAUUUAGAAGAAUCACAAGUUAUAAUUUUAGGACAUAAACAACCCGGCUUGUCUGAUUCCAGAAAAGCAAGAAGCGAAGAAGUCAACUCAAAACCCGUCUUGCAUAACACCGUUGCUCCGAAAGUGUCCCACUAUGGUUACAGUUUACGUCCAUUUUACGUUGCUAGUGAACUUGGUCAUAGAGACAAAUUGCUCGUUGGUAUUUUAACAACGGAAGAGAAAAUUGAUUCAUUAGUCUUAGCUAUAAACAAUACCUGGGCUCCGCUUUUGCCGAAAAUUAUCUUCUUCACUCCAUUCUCGAGGGAUGUCGAUUUUUACGAGAAGUACAACAAGGUUUUGGGGCUUCCAAUCGUUCAGUUAUCUAAUGUGGAAGAUGAGAAUUUUUCCAAGACAAAAUUUUCUUUCAAUAUGUUAAAAUAUAUGCACGAUCAUUACAUUAACAAUUACGAGUGGUUUAUGAGGGUCGAGGAUGCGAUGUAUCUCAAGGCGGAGAAACUACUGGAGUUGCUGAACAGCGUGAAUAGUUCUAAAGAUGUUUACAUCGGAAGGCCGUGCUCUUACAAAGCUAAUGGAAUACAACUAAACGAAGAUCUAUAUACCCAUGAGAAAUACUGCCUGGGAAACGCUGGAGUUGUGCUUUCAAGAAGCACCCUUAUGAAGCUGGUACCGAACUUAGAUACUUGUCAAGAAGACGCCUUGACUGAGCUUGAAGACGUGGAGUUGGGGCGAUGUUUGUAUAAGAACCUUGGGCUUCAGUGUACGUGGAGUUACGAGGUAAGAUCAUAUUUUUAGGAUUUUUAUUCUAAAACUUUUCCAAUAACAUUUUAGCAUUGUUAUUUACAAAUCACCCGCUGUGUCGAUAAAAAUUCAUGUUUUCAACAAUGUCAAUUAGCGCACUAGGGCAGAAAUAAUUUAACUAACGUAAGAUUAAUUGAAUUCAGUUUUUUGUAUAUGGCCUAAUUCAUUCCCUUACUCAUUUUGUAUUUUUUAAUUUCUCGUUUGUGUCAUAACUUGAUUUACAAUCAAAAGUUAACAGUUUACACAGGUGUAAGUCUGGUUGUUUGUUUAUGUCCUUAUAAAGUGAAUUUAACAUUUCUGUAUUAAAAAAGCCAAAACAAUGAAACAAAAAACAUUCGUCACACUUUAGGAUUGCAAAUAUUUCAUUUCCUAGCAACAGUACAGGUAUCCCCAGAAAAGCAGAAAGCAGGAAAAAUUUGCGCUUUAUUUAGACGAAAUCUUUGAGGCCUAGAUCAGAGUUGUAUUGAUUUAUUUAGAAAGACCUAACGCUCCAUCAUGUGUAAUAAUUAAGAGAGAACUUUUGUUCAUUGAAGCAAACUCACUUCAAGAGUUCGAGGUGGGUGUAAGAUACAUUUAGUUUCAAACUAAAGGCCGGAAGGGGGGCACUAAAGACUUUCCUUGGCCCUUGUCCAACUAGCACAUGGGCAUGAAAAGUUACUUCCCAGGAAGUAAAAGGAAAAUCUAAAAUUGUCCCAGACUACUAGAAAGGACUCCACUUACAUGCAACAACAGCAACAUCUUUUAUUUAAACACGGUGGUUCUUAAAGCUAAUAUAGCUUAUGGGGCCGUGUAAAAAAUGUUAAUAAAAUAAUAAAAAUUAUUUUAAAAAAAAAUGAAUGUGGUCAAUAAAAGGUGAAAUAUGUACAAUAAAAAAUAUGAAUAGAAUCAAUAAAAGACGAAAUCACAGUCAAUUUGGGGACAGCCCAUUUGCAAUGACUCUUCAUUAAAGUUCAAGUCUCUGAGGGUGUGAGACGUUUUUGCCCUUUAGCAUAAUUCCUGGCGCUGACAGCGGAUGGUUCUAAAAGAUUCCAGAUAAUGGAUCCUCUGUAAGAAAUACAGUUUUUCAUAUAAUAAGUUUCAAAACGUUGUUCGCUAACACGAUUUUGAUGACAAAGGUCAUACUUAGAUUCUUUCCUUUGGAUUAAAUGCAUUGCAAGAUUUUUUUAAGUAUUCUUUUUAUAUCUUUAUUUGUAGGCAUCAGAUUUGUUCUACCACUUCCCUGAAGAGAGUGAAUCUAGCAUAAUGAGUUUCAUUAAAGAGAGGAGAACAUCUCAUACUGUUACGUUGUCCCCCAUCUCUAAUCCUGUGACUAUGUACAAAAUACAUCGCUAUCUCACUGAGUUGGAACUAAAUAAGACCUUUGUGGAAACAAGAACUCUUCAGAAUGCCAUUAAAGACAUGUUGCCAUAUUUACCAGAUGGUAAGUACAGGAUAAUUUUACAACUUCUUGUGUAGUUUCUUUUAACCAGGAUUGUAGGUGAGUUUUGAGAUUCUCAGUCAUUCUCAGACAACUAGAGAGACAACAAAUCACUGAACAAGCUUCCUGUUAAGAAUUAGGCAAAGGUCAUUUGCAAGUUGUUCUCCAGGGCCGGAUUGUUCGAAGCUGGGUUAAGGUAACCCAGGGUUAGUGUGAAAUUUGAACUAGCAAGAGCUUAAAAAGAAAAUUCAGUUUAAUUCUCCUUGUUUACAAUUUGAUGAUUGGAUACUCUAAAAAGAAUGGAGAAAAUUAUCCAAGAGAGUGCUUUUGAUAAAUAGAAAAAGAAACCCAGGUUAAAAUUUAACCCCGGGUUAGCACUAACUGGCGUUUGAACAACUGGGCCCAGUUGGAGAGCAAGGGUGGCACAAUGGUGUGGCCUAGGGUCAAGUCCAAGUAUCAACCCCAUAAUUAUGUGUUCCUAGGGGAGGAGGAUAUGUCCCUAAAUUUACCAUGGGGGUGUGUCACUGAAUCUUUGACACUCUGGACCUGUUCAAUGCGGAAAGAGAUGAAUUUGCCACCAUGUUCAAAGGCAAAAUUUAAAAAAAUACUGUGUUCUCCCUAGGUAUUUUAGGCUAGGUGGGCCGAAAUUAUAGGGUGAAGACUGAAAUAGGAAUCCUAUUCCAGUGGCCAGCUCAGCGUUAAAAUGAUGAAGGGAGUGCAGUUUUGCACCUAAGCUUUAUCAAGUACAAUCCAGGAUUACUGUAAAUGACCUAAUAAACACCCAUUUCCAAAUAAACGCCUCUUAUCUUAAAUAAACACCCACUCUACGCUGUUAACAUUUUAUUAAAUACCCCUUCUCAAGUAUAUGGCCCCUGUCUAAUAGAUGCCCCCUUGUGAGAACUACUCCAAAAUAUGAGAAAUUAGCUAAAAGGAGCAAAAUUGUUCAAUUCAUUCAGUUGAUUUACAAGACUUUGAGUGCUUCAUCAUGUUCAGUGUCAAGUUCUAAGUAAGGAUAGACUAUAAAUGAUGGCAACACUGAGCUAGGAUUCUGAAAUCGAUGUUGGAAUUUGAAAGAGUGAUAUGGAUCUGUAGACAGCCUAGAUAUAUGAAGAGAGAUGAUUUUUAUCCCCUUUAUUGAUUUUAUUUUAUCAUUGCUCCUAAUUGUUUAAGAAUAUGUCAAUUGUUUUUUCCUCAAAAGCACAGCUUAUAAAAAUUUGAAAAAAAUAAAUGAUUCCUCACAAAGUUUAUGUAAAUGCAGCAAUUGGGGCUCAGAAAUAAUCUAAAAUAAGGGAAAGUUCAUUUAAUAUGACAAGGGGGGGGGGGAUGAAGAUAUUGGGGGGGGGCUCCAAAAAUUUUUAGACGCCCGAAGGGGGGGCUCUGAAAAAAUUGUUGCGCUAGGAGGGGGGGCUUGGAAAAUUUGUAUACUUCAAAACCAACACAUGACAUCAUCAUACAGAUCGGAAGGUUUUCAACUCAACAAUUUAAUGACCUGUGCCAGGGGGGGCUGGCAACGGCCUUUGAUCUUGCCGCUUUUCGGCUUUCCAUGAUCGCCCCAGUUAAGAAAUCUGUCAAUCGUCCGAAAACUGUAGCGAGCAUGCGCGGAACGGGUUGGGAAAACAAGUUCGCCUUAGCAGCUUCCUCGCAGCGAUUCGGCAGUGUGAAGUGAAGUUGCUUUUGGUCCCGUUGGUCAUUGGUUUCUUCGUUUUGUUCCGCGGUAACGUGGAGCUUACGUUUUCCUUUCUUCUGGUUUUGCGUUUGUCAUUAAGUGCGGCCCGGUUUACUACGGUAAGAACGAGACCAGUGAACAUGUUUCUCGAUGCCCGACCUUUUGAUGAUUUGUUUCUGUUUAGACGACCCACGAAUUGCAAGAGUAAAAGAAGGGCCAACCCUCCAAUACGUAUGUAGAAGAGUUUAUAUUUUCAAUCGAAAGGCCCAAAAUUAAUUCUUCGUGGUAUUAAAAAAAGUGCGGUGACUGGCAUGUGUUUGAGUAGAAGCGUUGUCAGAGUUCAGCUGAGAGUUGUUUACGGCUUCACUACACCUUUAAGACGACAAGAAAUGAUUGAGAUUCUCAGUUCUACAUCCUUGAUUGUGAACUUACCCUGGCAGAGUUGCGUUGGAUGAUUGAGUGGCAUGGUCAAAUCUCGUAGUUCAUGUAUUUCUUUAUGUACUAGAAGCUAAAUAAAUUUUGCCAGGAGAUCAUUCUCUCUUGAUUUUGCACAUGUUGAUAUGCUUAAGUUCUUUUCUUCGUGCGAUUUUAUUUAAACUUUACCGUAGUUUCUAACAAAUGAAUCUUAUGCAGAUGAAAGGGUAAUUAUCUUGUGUGUUUGGAAUUCUCUUUUCAUGACAGCAGUUACUACACUUCCUUCAGUUUGAGUCCUAAUUCAAGUGUGUUUUGUUGCAAAAAAUAGGGGAAAAUUAUAAAUUUUAAAAACUACACUACCCCUUGGAACAAGAUUAUGGUUUAAAAAAGAUUAGCUAAGUUCAGAAAAUAAAUCUUCAAGUUUUCAUGUUUUGACAAGGACUACAUCUGGCUAAAUAUGCUUCCAAGGAAAUGUAUAAAGUCAGGAAAAUCGUGACAUUUCUAUUUUUGCCUUUCCUUUGGCCACGAUGAUCAGUUUUUGCCAUACAGUUGCAUGUAAUUUUUUACACCUUUGGACAUCAACCUGCCAGGUUAGUUUCCCGGGGUUAGUUUGUGUCUGUAUAAAAAUGUUGUUAACGAAAUCAAACCCUCUCAACUUAAAAAUUACCUUGUACUAGUGGAUAUGAAAAAAAAAAAAGAAUCUCUAGGAAAAAAAUGUAAAAUGAUUAUUAAGAUAAUAUUAUUAAUUUUGUAGUCAACAAUAACAGUUAGAAACUUGUGUUGAGGCAGGCAAAAACAUUUUUCAGAGACCAUAGACCUUCACUGACUUUGCUGUUAAAGCAAGUGGUAAAAGGGUAUUAAAAUGUGAGAUCACCUCCCUGGGCUUGCACUGAAAGAGAGUAUGGGUAGUAGGACACAUUGUUCAUUUCCCCCACCCUUUUUAUGCCAAGAGACCUGAUUUUAUAACCCUGAUUCACUUCAGUUAGCAUACAGAAUUAAGUUAGCUUUUAAACUUAGAAAGAUGGAAAAACUUGGGGAAAAAAUUGGUGGUACCAAAAAUGUAACUAUAGACUGCUCUUCAUCAACCUCCACAGCCCAAACAGACACCCUGUUCAAAACUCUAAAGGGUGAAAUGGUCACCACCCUAACUCAGCAGUACAAACCCAUCUAGGCCAAAUAAGCCAAGGGUAGUAUGUAGAAAGAACUGCUGAGGGGAUUGGGCUCAAGGGACAAUAACUUCUUUUGAUGGUUGAUAAAAAGUCAAUUUUACCUUGUUUAUUUUACUUGUAAAUCAAAUUCAUAACUUACACAAACAAUUUAUUGAAGUUGUACAUUUUUCAAGGUCCUUCUGAUUCUCUUUAUAAACUUUGCAAAACAUUCAAUUUUCUUUUUUCUGUUUCUUGUACUUCAGUCCUUUGAGGGAUUUUCUCAAUGUAUACUGAGCAUACCCCUCUCUGAUGUACUCACUCUUAUUAGCAACUGGAUUAACCUCUUGUCCCCACACUCAGAUUCAAGUAUAAUUCAAAACUAUGGGGUAAUUUUUGUACAAACAAUUUCAAGGAAGUACUUAAAACCGAAGUCACUAUCUAAUAUAAAACUACUAAAUACGGUAUUGCUGUUGGAGCUAUUUAUUGAUUAUCACUCAAACGAUAUUCCAGUGAAGGUUUUGAAGAUUCAGUAAGCCCUUCCCUGCAGCCUUUUGAUAUUAAAAAUAGCUUAUACUGACAGACCCAGUAUAUGUGAAGCAAAGUGAUUGGAACAUUUAACCUGGCUUUUACUAAAUUAGCCCGGUAUUCUGUAUUUACGCCCACAAAUAUUUGUUGUGGCUCCCUGUGUACAAACAAACUUACGAACAGCGAAGUACAAAAUUGGUUUAAUCCCGGGGGGUUUAAUGAACAUUCCAGUAUGACUGUUGCAAGACUCAUACUAUAAUGAGCUCGUAGCAUAUGUUUAGGAUAAGGCAGAGAGUUCUUAAUACCACCGUAGGUGAAAAAAUAUAUAAGAGAUGGAGCAGGCUGCCCUGAGGCUGGUCGCUCGAAAAUUCACGAAGCUUAUAAAUAACUGAACUUGCCAAGGUGCCGAAUCAUGAUGAGCGAAGUCACUCAUGAACUGUUCAUACAUCACGCCUCCUGAUAUCCAAAAAUUUCAUGAGAAAAGUUCAUGAAAACCUUUUCUUGAUCUUUGGAUGCCGUAAAACGUAAAACCGAGCAAAAACUCAUCAUCUUUCAAUGUCCGCAUUCUCCGCCAUAUUUGUUUUGAUGGAAAAUUGGUACUCAGUCUCACUCGGCCAAAUUUCUUAACGGGGGCGAUCAUCUAAACUCGGUUCCAGACCUCGCUGCCAGCCCCCCCUGACCUGUGCAACUCGGCUAUAUCACGUGGUUUACAGAUAUAACAAAUGUAGUCUCAGUAACUAUUACACUCUUGUUCAUCCCAAAAAUGCUUUAGAAAAUUGUAUCACAACUGUAUCUCAAGUUUGUCAUAGUAAUCUUUUUUCAGGGGAGCAAAGGAAUUGAAGGAGGAGGCGGGGGGGCUCUGAAAUUUUUUUGACUACCAAGGAGGGGGCUCCUAAAAAAUUGAACCGCUAGCGAGGGGGCUGCUAAAAUUUCAAGCUUCGAGUUUCAAUAUCUUCAUCCCCCCCCCCCCUUGUCAUAUUAAAUGAACUUUCCCUAAAGAAUAUGAUUCAUCAUCACCAUCUUCAUGUUUCAUUCCUUUCACGGGGUUAAGAUGAACUCAACAAAUUGGCCUCCUCCCAAUCCAUUGGUCAUCAUAGCUCCACUGGUUUGUUAGAGGACUGCAGUGCUAACGCAGAAGCCAUGGGUUCGAAUACCGUUGAAGUCCCGAAAAUUUUUUCGGGUUUAUUUGCAAUUGCUUAAAUUGCAAUUACCACUGCGACGAUCGUAUCUUCAUUUAAAAUUUGUAUUUCCGCAGUUCACAUAAUCUUCAUGAUAGGAGUUUUCCUUGGCCAUCAAAAACGUAUAAUUGACGUAUAUAUUUAAUCAGUCCAAGUGUAAAUACGAGUGUAUCACCCACAAAAGAACACCUAUACAGCACUCUUAUAUUAUCAAUGAAACGACUUUAGAAUCCUAUGAUACAGAGAAGACCUUAGUGUGUGGGUGUCAAGCAACCUUAAAGAAACUCCUUGGCUUUGCAAUGCACCCAAACGCUUCGCACACUGUAUCGUUCUAUCGUUCGGUGCCGCCUCGGCCACGCAACCCGAGUAUGGUCGCCACAGUCCAUUGGCUAACUAAAUUUUGAAGCUUCCCUUCCUUUGCGAUGAAACCCAUACGUCCGGCCUCCAACUAACAAAUCUGUCACCCGUCUCAUACUGGCACGAAUUUUGGAUAUAUUGUUUUUCUGUGAAGCUGUAAAUAACCUAGUUUUUGUAGUUAGUGAAGCUCUGCCUGUUACUAGACAAUUAACGAGAUUUACCAGGUCAUCGAGCUGCAGGCAAUGCUAUAUAUCUCUAAACCAAGUAGAACUGUUACUUAUCAACGCUCAAUGGAAUGUUCCCCCCUGAGUUACGCACGAAUCUCAUUUCUCUAACUUCUUUGAAACGUUUGGGCCUCUAGAUCUGUGCAACGCUAACGACAUCAAAACCAGGAGAACAAUCUGUCCCAGGUGCAAUAUAGCGAGGACUCUCCUGCUCCCGCUAUCGUGCUUAGCAAUUUGAACUUCGUCUUUAGUCAUUAGUUAUAUAUUUUAUUUUUAUUUAUUUUUUUAACCUGGGAUCCUCUGUAGUUUGCUAUAGCUAGGCUGUAGUAGUCUCCCUGCCUAAUAAAUUUAUCGAAAAUUUAUGUAUAUAAGUAUUGUUUUUUAGUUAGGCGAAGCGAAAUAAAUAGAUGUCGAUUACUCCAUUAUAUAAAAUUGGGAGUGGAAGAAUUAGUACUUCAUAAUUAAGUUGUUUUACAACAAGAGGCUAAACUAAAAGCAAAAAAAACCUGAACAAGCAAUUACAAAACUACAUGGCAAGCAACUCUGUACCGCAGAUGAUAUUAAUGUUAAAAUGGGCGACCACUUACUUUGCGUGUAGACCAAGAUAAGAUUUUUUAACUCGCUUGAAAGGGCAGCGUGUUGUGAUGAGAUGAGGAUAAAACGCCAGAUUGAAAACUAAUCAAGGUAAGACAGAACUUUAACGAGGGCAUGUCUUAUUUCGUUCUAUCCGAAGCUGGAAGACGGUGGAGUUUUGUUGCAAAACUGUUUUGGAUGAAGAUAAACAUGCAUGAUUGCCAACGUUAAAACUGAAAUUUGGGCUACGCUUUCAUCGUAAAUUUGUGAUAUUCGAGGGAGCGGUUAAUCUGACACUAAUAAAUGACGUAAAUAUUGUGCACAAGAAUGCAUGUGUCUUCUCCCUAAUAAAUGAAAAAAACCGGCGUCUUCAUCUUGGAUUUCAUCAGGCCACACUACAGCUCGUAAUGUUUUAAAUUUUCCUCCCGAUUAUACAGCGUAAUCGUACACUGCAGUGGUGCAAUUGGAACCGAGAGAUGCCUUUAACUGUUGGUGACAAAACCGAGAUUGACUUGAUUUUCACGUGCGACAGACGUAAAAAUAUAACGACCUUUUUUUGAAAACAUCCUAUACUUUUACACAAAUGUAAUAGCAGAAUUUGGCCAUAGGAAACAAACGUCUUAGGGGUUUCUUUGUCGGUUGUCUCAGGCAUGUUUCCCGAAAGUUUAGCUCCUGCAGCUCAGUAUAAUAUACAGGGGCACCCAACGAGAAUAUAGUUCAAAACCACAUAAACAUAGCAUUGUUGAACGCACUUUAGUACUUAAACGGUAGAUAAAGGCUUGUUUUUAUCCCCUAAAAAUUUUUCAUCUGUUCGGAUUUCCUAGCUGAAAGUAUAGUGAUCCGAAAAUUAUAGCAAUCAAAAUUUACCUUUUCGAAAAUUUCAGCCAGAAAAAAGACUCCCGAAAAUUCUAGGUGACCUUUUUAGGGUAAAAAUCCGUUAAAAUGGGCAAUUAUACCACUUUUCUGAUGUUCGAAAAUCCUAGGAGAGGCAGGCAAGCAAGAAAUUUUACAGAAAAUGAUCCGAAAAUUCUAGAUCUCAAAUCGUCUUCCGAACAGAUAAUUUUCCGAAAAUUGUCGUUGGGUGCCCCUGAAUAUAGACAAGAAGAUUUUUUUGGCGAUUUCUUCAUUCCAAGGGUUUGGAAAGAGAAGGGAAGUUGGUUUGUGGAAGGAAGACAAUUUUUCCAAGAAAAAUGUACGAAAGAGUACCUUUUCCUUCAAAACUGUACGAGAUGUUCUUGGUAGGGUAAGGUAAGGUAACGCCUUUAUUUAAAGAGGGUAAACACAUGACAGUUAUGAUAAAACUGAUAAACUUGUGGCCCUCGGGGGUUGGACGGCUUGGAGUGGGCCGCCGCAUAAAUGAAUUUGUUGACUACUCCACUCAACCCCCCUCGCGGAGUCAUGAUGGUCCACUGAUAGCGCAUUCCUUUUUUUCUCAGGGGUCCCCGAGAAACGACCAUCGUGGCCGAUAGGAUUUCGGCAGCCAUUCAAGCCUACGUCUCGGUUUGAGGUCUUACAGUGGGAGUACUUCACUGAUACUUCUAGUUACAGAGACCAAUCCUACAGUAAGAACCAAUUUCCUUGUUUAUUAGUCCAUUCGCUCCUGGAAUUUUGAAAAACGCGUUUUUUCGAGUGGGGUCAUCUGAUCUAAAAUUACCACAAACUGGUUUAGGUCGAACAAGGAUCCAGAUCAAGCUUGCGAAGUUCGGGCAUGCGCAGAAACAAAAUUUUAAAAUUUUAAUCUCGUGGGCCCAGGUAGGCUUCAUUUUGGUGGGAAGAGUUUUUAGGAAAUCGACGGUAGCUGGGUAAUGGAACAAGAUUUUAUGGAACAAUGUCAGGUGGUUUUUGCUUGUUUCUCCGGUGUCCUUUUUUCUCAUUCGCAAUGAACCAAAACCUUGUCAAACGUUGUUUUCUUGACGUCAUUCACGGGCGGUUACGGGCGGUUCAGGGGCGAAUGGGUUAAGGUAGUCAACCACAAUCUCGUGCCCGCCUGGCGAGAUUUAAACGUCACGCAAUGAACCAAAAAAAUUGAAUGUGCGUUCAUUCAAACUUUAUUACGUUUAUUUAGCCUCUUUCAAUUAUUCAAUUAUUGAAAUAUCAAGGGUAACAUGAGAAAACAGCCAACAUUUCGCGCGCUACUACGGGUUUCCCCGCGAAAUGACGUCUGAGAAACUGAACGAGCGCAGAAAUUCCAUACUGAUGACGUGUCACUACCCAGAUCUGGGUAAUGCUUCUGACUGGAUGAAGCAAAUUUUCAACCAAUGAGAAGCAUUACCCAGAUUCUUGAUGAUCGUAAAACACGUUUUUUUUUUCAUGAUCAGGUGGCUUUGCGAGGGGACUACAAAAAAGAUGUUGAAGAUGUCAAAGAAACAGCGAUAAAAAUGCUAUCACGAGAAUACAGUAACCAGCAUAAAAAGUUCCGCUUGAUCAAUGGCUACAGACGAGUAGACCCCAGACGAGGAGCGGAGUAUAUCUUAGAUAUCGGAAUUAAAGCAUCUCCGGGCAGUGAGCAGGAAAUUAUCAGGUAUUAUUUCUAGUUCUCUAUGUUGCUUACCUUACUACUUUCUAGAAUUGAAGUUGAAAUAUAAAUAUCGUUAAGGAAAAGAGAGCUUUAGCAACGACGACGGCGACACCAACGAGAGCGGCAAAAAACAGUGAGGUUAGAUUAGCAAAGCAACAACCUUUCACUCGCUUCACGCUUUUUCUUUUUCUUUUUCGGCGUACAUUUCUCUGCCGUCGUCGCAAGAUUACGCCGUGAAACGUCCUAAUUUUACGUUUUAUGAAGGACGUGAACACGAAACAACGACUUAAUUUUCCUUUUUCUGAAGCCAGAUACAAACCUUGAGAAUUCAACUCUAGAAAAAUUGGCCAACGUUAAUUUUGACAAAUUGAACGAUGGAAUAAGAAGUUUGAAGCAGCGCGAAUUCAGUUUUUGCGCGACGUUUUCACUGCUGUCGCCGCGUCGUUGAUGCUAAAGCUCCCCAUUCUAUGUAAGACAAGGACGUCUACGAGAACGAUAUUUUUUCAAUACUAAGUAGUACGCGCGCGUGAAGAGGCGUCAUUUUGGCGGGAAAACCUGAUAGCCUUCAUCAUUCUACGACGGGUUUUAAGGCUGAAUGUCGUAGUGUCGGAACAAGUUAACAAAUCGUUGAAAAUCCAUCAUUUUGCAAUCGCGAGAGGGCUUAAACUCUUCAGUGAAAAUACCUGUCUCACCUUUCCUGGUGAAAAAAGGAAAAUGAAGAUUUCCAGGGUGUCUUUUUUGUUAGAAAAACCCGUCGUCCUCGAAUCUAAAGGUGUCUGGUACAUGAAACUACUGCACGGCCUGCUGCACUGCACGACCAUGCUUUUGUUCUUGACGUCACCUGCGAAUAAGCAAUUGUCAUAAACUGCAAUUUACGUGACUACUGUUUGUUUCAGACGUGUUCACCUUCUGAGGCCAUACACCAAAGUAGAAAGCAUUCAAAUGCCGACUGCAAUAGAGCAGCGUGGAAUUCAUCUUGUUCUUCCAGUCCAAAAAAACCAAACCAAGCAACUCGAGGAAUUUCUUCAGAUGUAUCAAAAAAUCUGUCUGCAAACUGGCGAGAACGUGGUUUUGCUAACGGUGUUUGUUAAUGUUCGAGAAGGUUCCGACGAGAAUAAUGGAGACAUAUUUGCUGAAGGAAAAGCUCUUAUUGGGCGGUAAGUCAAGUCACUUCAAGUAGUUUUUCCAAAUUUUUUGUUGUUCUCGUGAUCUUUGCGCCAUCUCCAACUGCAUACGGUCAAUAGUUUGCUCAUGUAGAGUACAGAAAAGUUGUUUUACCUUUCUAGGCCCCAUUUGUAUAUAGAAAAGUUGUUACGGUAGAGGGUCACCCGCCUACCCGAGCUACCCUGGGCGAGCUAAUUUUUAUGCUUUUCCUGAAAAACGUGGCGAACCGUUUACACGAGCUUCUUAUAUUCCGCGUCACCUUUUGUGAUGGUAGGGUCAUCCUCCAAGCGAGGCCGACUUUUCUCCGUAUAAACACUUUGGUCCAGGCGAGAGACAAUCAGAGCGUGCCCAUGUGCUGUUGUCAGUCCUGUCUCGGGCAAAUGGGUCAACGUUUUUCUCAUGUAAACGCUCGCUUAAGUUGACUUAGCUGGGAGGGUGAACCUCGUAUCCAGAACAAUGAUCUGCUCAUGCGCAGUUACACAAAUAUUUCGAUCAAUGAAUGAAAGGUGUUUUGGCUGUGGUGUUAGCGACCAUUCAAAAUCGUUGCUCAAAUGGAAACCAGUCUCUUUAUACGGAGCGGAAAUGUCCAAGUCAAAUAAAAUACGUCCUUUCCUUUAGAGUACUUAAUCAUUCGUUUUAAUGUGCUUUGUAACCAGGUACAAACAGAAGUACACGUGGGCUCAGUUACCUUGGAUACAGAUUGGAGUGAAACAGCACUCACUUACAUUACUGAUGGAUAUAGUUACCUUGAAGCUUCCGGCCAACGCCCUUAUCUUUCUAACUGCUCUCGGCGUGGAGUUCAACGUCAAUUUUCUUAACCGAUGUCGUGUGAAUGCACUUAGCGGAGAGCAGGUAAGGAAAAGAAAACUCAGUUACAAUGAAAAUCGAGAGCUUUAAAUCCUGAGACAAGGACGACUACGAGUACGAAAUGUUCUCAGUACUAAGUAGUGCUCGCGCGUGAACCAACGUCAUUUUGGCGGGAAAACGUGGUAGCCCUCGUCAUUCUACUACGAGUAUUAGUGAGAAUGUCUUAGUAGCGGGAACGAGUUAUCAAAUUUUAGAAGUUUAAUUAUUUUGCGACCGGGAAAGGGCUAACCCUUCUCCAAUGAAAAUAACCCCCCAAUUUUUCGGGUAAAAAAUAGCAGAGUGAAGUUUUCCGGGUAGAAUAUUUUUCGAGCAUACAGCGCGAAAAAACUCGUACUCUUAGUCGUCCUCUUCCUCAAACCUAAAGCUCCCCAAUAAAGACAAGUUUAACAAAUGUAAAGUAAAAAGCUUUGGUGUUGGUUAACUUCGGAAAUAUUUAGUGUACACGAAGUUUUGAGAUUACUGAGCUGCGCUUUCCCUAGUUAUAAAAUGUAAAGAGUGGAAAUUGCUGACUAGGGCUGUACAUGUAUAUUAAAAAAUCUAUAUUGCGAGUCUCAAAAAUUAGAGCUUAUUUAUUGCCAUAAUGAAAAAUUGCAUUUCAUUGUUAUCCAGGAUGAGUCUACAGUUGUAGAAAAGUGAGCUAUUAAGUUUUAGAGCAAGGAAUCAAAAGUAUUGUUACCACUGUCACAUCAAAGAGAGACUGAAGAGUUUGGAUGGAAACGUUUCCUUCUUCUGCGCCACCGGGGUGUUUGAAUUUGAACGGUUGUUGUUAAAACAUUGCUAAGGUUGAAUAAGUUAACCUGAGUGUGCCAAGAAUACCUUUGAGCUCGGUUUAGGUCUCUUGGUAGAAGAUCUCUGAUUCCUGCGGCUGGAAUUAGCUCUGUCGGUAGAGCGCUUGACUGCAGAGCGGGAGGUCGCGGGUUCAAUACCCGGUGCAGGACCAAUACUCAGGGUGUUAAAAUAACUGAGAAAUGAAGAUACUCGCUUUACCCUGCAAACGGCUAGGAGUUCUUCGCGUGGCUCGGAUGACCACGUAAAAUGGCGGUCCCGUCUCCAGUAGGACACGUAAAAUAGUGUCCACAAUUAGUACUUUCGUGCUAAAUACAUGGACACUCAAAUAAAGUGCGUUUUGUAGUGUUUUACCUGUUAGAUACGUAUCUCAUCGAACUUUUUUUCUGUGUCUUGACUUCUGUAGGUUUUCUUUCCUGUGCCUUACGCUUACUACGAUCCCAACAUUGUCUACCGCCAAACCAAGAUCCCGGAUGUUGUUCCCAUUCACAAAGACACGGGGCACUGGGACCAAGGCGAGAGACAAAUGGCUUGUUUUGAUAACAAGGACUAUAAGGAUAUGAGAAUGAACAGUGAUGACUUCCUGAAGGAGCAAAAAUCGCAAGAAAGAGCAUUGAUGCAGGUAAAGUCAUUUUUUUGGUCUAAUAUCAAUUUAUUAUAUUUCUUGUUGUUUGGGUCCGCCCAUUACUCGGAGCAUUUGUAACCAAUGAGUGAGAACUGGCCGCCUAGACUGGAGAGGUUUCUCGAAAUUUUCGCUCAGUCCUAUCACUGCCGUGCAUACUAUUCAGGAGUAGAGGAGUAAACUGAUCUUGCGUGUUAGUCCUUAUUCCUCCUUCGGAUGGCAGACAAAGGGUCCGAAAUGUCAAAUGUAAACGCAAUGAGUUUACUACAAAACAGUGAAUAUUCGUCAAAUAUAACUAUUUUUCAAAAGCUCAAAACUUUACGAUGAUAGACGAGGAGAAAUAUUAACAAUGCAAGGCUUUCUUUCAACAACAAUCAUCAUGUUAAAAACGUAUUUCAACAUCCAACAUAAGUAAGUGGCUUAAAACGCAAUUUGCAAGUUUGAAUGAUUACCGUUCUAUGAUGACGUGAUGAUCAAUGUGUUUUGCUUUCGAACGCAUUGCAAGACGAAUCUCCCCACGUAUAUUGAAGAUCUCUCUAUGACAAACAAAUCUGUGCACGGUAGCGAGACGAGCCGUAGCCAUAUAACUUUGAAGGCUUUGAAACUGAUUUUUUUAAUUCUUAUAUUGAUGCUGAAUAUUUUGAGGCCUUAUUGUAAAUUUUAGGGUAGGUAGUUUAGUGGAGGGCCACUGUUUUACUGAUGUAGUAAGUCGGUUGAACCUGCUGUUUCUUCACAUGCUCUCCGUUCUUUAUUUUGAAGGUAUUUGCGGCGAGCUCCUUACAUGUUUUCCAGGCAGUCGACAUUGAUUUACGCAAGCGGUACCAAACGGUCACGUGUGACCCGCACCUGAACGAGGACGAGUAUAACAAGUGCCUCGCUUUCAAAGCAGAAGGGAUGGCUUCUCGUUCCCAGCUUGCCCUCCUCAUGUUCGAGAUGGAACAGAAGAGUCGGGGGAAUGGGGCAACAGAAGUGCAUCAAUUACAUUAGUUAUUGUAGUUCCCUAGAAAUAGACGCAGAUUUCUUUAAUUCUAACUAAAGUAUGUGAUAGCUUUCCAACCACACUAGAAAAAGCUUUUAUUACAUUUAAGUGUGGAAAUUCUUAUUAACCACAGAUCAUCUAGGUCGUCUUUGGUCAUGUUUUAGUAAAUACCCCGCGAUUGCUUAAAAUGAUAUCUUUCAGUGGGGUGGUUAACCUAUAACAUGUAUACAUGUAUUAGUUUCUAUUUUCAUACAUUUGAACUAUCUUUUAUGGUACCUUUAGCUACUUUUUCUCAGCGAAUAUCCGUUAUUAAUCGUUUAACUCUAUUUAACUGUCUUUGUACGGCUAUAUUUAACAAAAGUGUUUCAAACUAUGCCACCAACUAUAUUUAUGAAGAGCAGAUGCUGAAUCGCCGGGUUGAAUGCUUGCAUGCAGUGCAUCUGUAAGUAACAAGAUCGCGUGUUUCGACCUUUUUACUUUGGCAGAACGAGCGCCUUUUGUUUUACUUACUAGCUAGCACACCUUUCUUCCCACCUUUCUUGUUCAGUGCACAGUGAUCAUUAAACCUCAGAAGUUUGUCCAUUUUGUAAAAUGUUUGCGUUUGUUAAUAGACACGGAGUAAACUGAUUGUUUCAAAAAGAUUACCUGGUUACUGAGAACAAGAUUGACAAGCUCCUGAGUGUAAAUUCCAACAACUGCGGACCAACUUAAGAGCAUGGGAAUCCAAGACAGCCUUGGAUUCUGGAUUUCGCACGGCGUGGUUUCCGGAUUCCAAUCAUU